AUGGGGUCAGCUGCCGACUCCUCCGUGUGCAACAAUCGCGGUAAUUGUGAAUGCGGCUCUUGCGCGUGCCAGCCGUUGGAUGUAUGGGACGCGAGAUGGGACCAGGACAAACGUUGCACUGUGUUGCCCUGCGACGACUGCCAUAACCGACAAUGCGAUUUGUUAAAGAGUUGCGCGCGCUGCCAUCACCGUGGCGGCGAUUGCAAACAAUGCCACCAAAAGAUCAGGGUGAAUGUUACACAAACUCUGAACGAUUACAACAUAAGUAAUACGAACUGGAAAAUCUGCUAUUUUGAUACCAAGAAUAUCUGUUACUCUCGUUUUAUGUACAGAUACGACAAUGCUGGUUAUAGCAUUGAAAUGAUUGUUCAAACUGACAGUGAUUGUGCUCAAAGCUAUUAUGUGUUUGGCGGAAUAUUUUUAUUAACUCUCAUUCUGAUCGGCAUUGUGACAUUAGUCGCUUGGAAACUGCUUGUAGAUGCAAGAGACAGGCAAGAGUAUACACGUUUUAAGAAGCAACAAGAAGAGGAUAUGUCUGAAACUUGUGUGAAUCCUAGGUUCCGACCACCGACGAUGACCUUCAAUAACCCUGCAUUCAGAAGGGGAUCAUUAUUCCGCAAUAAUUAG